AGCAUCUUUUGCAUAUUGCUCAGAGAACACCAUGCCUCAAAAAUUUAUUUCUCUUGGAUGCCUCAAGGAUAACUGUUAAAGGCUUUGCUAAGGCCAUGCGGAACUGGAAUCUUGUGAAGGAAAUGCAUCUUGGAAGGUUUAAUGCUACUGGUCGUUAUAAGCAAUUCAUUGAAAAGAUCGGAAGAAGUUGCCAAGAACUUGAAUCCCUUCAUAUACAUGAACGUGAUUUAGCAGUUGACAAAGGCAUUGUGACUGCGAUCUCCAAGCUCUUGCCGAGGCUAAAGAAACUGGAAUUUGAAAGUGUCAAUAUGUAUCCGUCUGCUAUAGAGGCAUUAUUUCAAUUGGAGGAGGUGCAUUUUCAGGAGUGCAAUAAGGUACAUGCUUAUGAGGCCCUACCGGCCACUUCGCGGAUUCAACAUAAGCCUAAUGGUUGUCUGAGUUUUUAUUUGAACUGGACUGUUGAUGGCAGAGGGCGUGCAAACUGGGAAGUUAGACCCCUUUGAUUUCGGUGAGUGGUGGGCAAGCAAGUUGAAGGAAGUCUUUAAUGAGUGGCUUCUAGAGUCUGUUCGGAGUCUUGCAGAGUGAUCAAUGGAUUACCUGUACUCCGUUUUGUUUUCAUGGGGUUUUAUUAUGUGAAACUAGUGUUUAACGGUUUAACCAGGGUGUUAGAAUAAUUAAAGUACUAUCAUGUGUUUCAUAUAAAAUAUCACGCAAUCCCAGUCCUAUGAUGGUAUGAC